AUGGAGAUGGAGCACGGCCUGCUGGGAACUGAUGUCUCCUCUGAUCUGCCCAAGCAGCUGGCCCAGCACAGGCCCACCUUCCUCAAUGCCAACAGCUUCAAAUUCUGGAGGGAAGUGUGGCAGAAGCACAGGACCUGCGCUGGGUGCGUGGAAGCCUUGAGCUCCCCCAGCAAGUGCUUCGGGGCGGCCCUCGCCCUGCGCACCAUGUACAUCAACGGAGCGUUCCAGAGAGCCGGGAUCCUCCUGUCCUGCAAUCACAGCUACCAGCUCCACUCCCUUCAGGAGGCUUUGGUUCCCAUCAUGGGAAAGGAGCAUGAGCUGCAGUGCGUGACCCAUGGGCAGGCCCGCCAGGUCCUGGUGCAGCUCAAGGUCUCUCUCUUCAGCAACUUCUCUGCUGGGUGCCUGGAGGAGGGAACCAGGGAUUUCUCCCUCUAUCGGCCCUGCGAAAACCAGAGAAGCAUCUUCUACUUCCCUCCAAACCAGAAGAACCCACGGGACCCCUGCCCCUGCUGCCUUCAGAGAUGA